AGCCCGCCCCGCCGCCGAGCGUCACGAAACCUGCUUGAAAUGCAGCCGAGGAGCCGGGGCGGGCGGCAGCGGCGGCGGCGGCGGCAGCGGCAGCCCCGGCGCCGCGGCGAGAGCUCAGCGGGCUGAGACGCGGCGGUGGCAGCUGCAGGGGGCGCGGGCGCGGCGGCCGGAGCCCGAGCCGCCAUGGGCCGCCCCGAGCGGGACGCGCUCUGGCCGCUGGCGCUGCUGUUCCUCCUGCUGCGGCUCCAGCAUCUCACGGCGGCGGAACCCCUGCGCGGUGGCCAAGGGCGGGUCAAGGAGUGCGAAGAGGACCAGUUCCGGUGCCGGAACGAACGCUGCAUCCCCUCCGUAUGGAGAUGCGACGAGGACGACGACUGUUCGGACAACAGCGACGAGGACGAUUGCCCCAAGAGGACCUGUUCGGACAGCGACUUCACCUGUGACAACGGCCACUGCAUCCCUGAGCGAUGGCAGUGUGACGGCGAGGAGGAGUGCCCGGAUGGCUCAGACGAGUCCCAGGCCGCCUGCACCAAGCAGGUGUGUCCUGCAGAGAAGCUGAGCUGUGGACCCACCAGCCACAAGUGUGUGCCUGCCUCGUGGCGCUGUGACGGGGAGAAGGACUGUGAGAGCGGAGUGGACGAAGCCGGCUGUGUCACCUUGUGCGCCCCGAACGAGUUCCAGUGCAGCAACCGCUCUUGCCUGGCCGCCGUGUUCGUGUGCGACGGCGACGACGACUGCGGCGACGGCAGCGACGAGCGCGGCUGUGCUGACCCGGCCUGCGGGCCCCGCGAGUUCCGUUGCGGCGGCGACGGCGGCGCCUGCAUCCCCGAGCGCUGGGUCUGCGACCGCCAGUUCGACUGCGAGGACCGCUCGGACGAGGCAGCCGAGCUCUGCGGCCGCGCAGGCCUGGGGGCCACGUCCGCGCCCGCCGCCUGCGCCGCCGCCGCCCAGUUCGCCUGCCGCAGCGGCGAGUGCGUGCACCUGGGCUGGCGCUGCGACGGCGACCGCGACUGCAAGGACAAGUCGGACGAGGCCGACUGCCCGCUGGGCACCUGCCGUGGGGACGAGUUCCAGUGUGGGGAUGGGACUUGUGUCCCUGCAAUCAAGCGCUGCAACCAGGAACAGGACUGUCCAGAUGGGAGUGAUGAAGCUGGCUGCCUGCAGGAGUCAACAUGUGAGGGUCCCCGCAGAUUUCAGUGUAAGAGUGGCGAGUGCGUGGACGGCGGGAAAGUGUGUGAUGCUCAGAGGGACUGCCGGGACUGGUCGGAUGAGCCUCUGAAAGAGUGUGUUCCGCCAACAUCCCAGGCAAACAGGAGGCGGCCUAGGGGACUGAACGAGUGUCUGCACAACAACGGCGGCUGCUCCCACAUCUGCACCGACCUCAAGAUUGGCUUUGAGUGCACGUGCCCAGCAGGCUACAGGCUCUUGGACCAGCAGACUUGCGGCGACAUUGAUGAGUGCGAGGACCCAGACGCCUGCAGCCAGAUCUGUGUCAAUUACAAGGGCUACUUUAAGUGCGAGUGCUACCCUGGCUAUGAGAUGGACACACCGAGCAAGAACUGCAAGGCCGUUGCUGGCAGAAGCCCAACCCUAAUCUUCACCAACCGGCACGAAGUGCGAAGGAUAGACCUGGUGAAGCGGGACUACUCGCGCCUGAUCCCUAUGCUCAAGAAUGUUGUGGCGCUAGAUGUUGAAGUGGCCACCAACCGCAUCUACUGGUGUGACCUCUCCUACCGCAAGAUCUACAGUGCCUACAUGGACAAGGCCAGCAACCCGGCAGAUCAGGAGGUCCUCAUUGACAAGCAGCUGCACUCGCCAGAGGGCCUGGCAGUAGACUGGGUCCACAAGCACAUUUACUGGACCGACUCGGGCAACAAGACCAUCUCAGUGGCCACAGUGGAUGGCAGCCGCCGAUGCACUCUCUUCAGCCGUGACCUAAGUGAACCCCGGGCCAUCGCUGUCGACCCCCUGCGAGGGUUCAUGUAUUGGUCUGACUGGGGGAACGAGGCCAGGAUCGAGAAGGCUGGGCUCAAUGGCGUGGAACGGCAAACACUUGUGUCAGACAACAUUGAAUGGCCCAACGGAAUUACCCUGGAUUUGCUGAACCAGCGCUUGUACUGGGUAGACUCCAAGCUGCACCAGCUGUCUGGCAUUGACUUUAGUGGGGGCAACAGAAAGAUGCUGAUUUCUUCCCCUGACUUCCUGAGCCACCCUUUUGGGAUAGCUGUGUUUGAGGACAAGGUGUUCUGGACAGACCUGGAGAAUGAGGCCAUUUUCAGUGCAAACCGGCUCAAUGGCCUGGAAAUCUCCGUCCUAGCUGAGAACCUCAAUAACCCACAUGACAUUGUCAUCUUCCAUGAGCUGAAACAGCCAAGAGCUGCAGAUGCCUGUGAGCUGAGCACCCAGCCCAAUGGAGGCUGUGAGUACCUGUGCCUUCCUGCUCCUCAGAUCUCCAGCCACUCUCCCAAAUACACGUGUGCCUGUCCUGACACAAUGUGGCUGGGCCCAGACAUGAAGAGGUGCUACCGAGCACCUCAGUCUACCUCAACUACAACGUUAGCCUCCACCACGACGAGGACGGUGGCCAACACCACAAGAGCCCCUGGGACCACGGCCCACAGCCCCACUGACGAGAACCGCAGCACAGAGACCCCGAGCCUGGCAGCUGCGGUCCCGAGCUCAGUUACUGUUCCCUGGGCUCCCAGCAUCAGCCCGUCUACCCCAAGCCCUGCAACCAGCAACCACUCCCAGCACUAUGGGAAUGAAAGUGGCAAGAUGGGCUCAACAGUCACUGCUGCUGUCAUUGGGAUCGUUGUGCCCAUGGCGGUAGUAGCCCUGCUGGGCAUGAGUGGCUACCUGAUCUGGAGGAACUGGAAACGGAAGAACACCAAAAGCAUGAAUUUCGACAACCCAGUGUACAGGAAAACCACGGAAGAGGAGGAUGAAGAUGAACUGCACAUAGGGAGGACUGCUCAGAUUGGCCAUGUCUAUCCUGCAGCAAUCAUCAGCUUUGAUCACCCACUGUGGGCAGAGCCCUGUCUUGGGGAGACCAGAGAACUGGAAGACCCAGCCCCUGCCCUCAAGGAGCUUUUUGUCUUGCCGGGAGAACCAAGGUCACAGCUGCACCAGCUCCCGAAGAACCCUCUUUCCGAGCUGCCUGUCGUCAAGUGCAAGCGAGUGGCAUUAAGCCUUGAAGACGAUGGACUGCCUUGAGGAUGGGACCACUCCCUUCGUGCCUCAUGGAGUUCAGUCCCAUGCACUACACUCUCUGGAUGGAAGGGUUUCUGGAUAUGGGUCUGUGUGAGUGUGUGUGUGCGUGUGUGUGUGUAAUUUUUUUUUUAAUUUAUGUUGCAGAGGGGUAACCACAAAGUUAUGAUGAACUGCAAACAUCCAAAGGAUGUGAGAGUUUUUAUAUGUAUAAUGUUUUAUACACUUUUUACCUGGUUGCACUAUCCAUGAGGAAUUCAUGGAAUGGCUACUGCUGAGUGACUAACAUGAUGUACGUAACCAAAACAGGGCCGAUAGUACAGUAGCUUACUCAUCAUUUUAAAACUAUAUUUACAGAGGAUAUUUGAUUUUGGGGGGAUUUUUUAGGUUUUGGAGUUUGGGGGUUUUUUUUGUAAAUAAAAUGAUUAUGCUUUGUGGCUAUCCAUCAACAUAAGUAAAAAAAAGAAAAACACUUCAACUCCCUCCCUCAUUUAGGUUAUUUAUUAACAUAUUUCAAAAAUAAGAUUAGUUCUAUAAAUAAUUUAGAAACAUGAGAGUAUUUAUUUUUGGUAUGAUUGGCCCACCACACGGACUCCGUACAUUUAUGUUUAUGUGUGUGUGUGUAUAUGUGAAAGAGAGAAAAAUCUGUAGAGAAGAGGUAUACCUAUGGCCGUUGUUCAGAUGCAUAAAGAUAAGUUUAUUUUAAAACAGUCCACAAGAGGGGUAUCUAAUUUUCAGAAAGCCUUUGGAAAUUUGGCUCCAAAAACAGAUGCCAUGGUUUUUACAAGCAUGUAGUGGAAAAGGCAGAUCUUUUCCACCUCUGGCUACUCCUAGGAUCCCAAUCGGUCAGGAAAAGGCUUUUGGUUGGCACACAGCUUCUGUGACUCCCACCUGGGCUUUCUCUUCUGUGGCUGAGGCCUGUGUACAGGCUGUAAACAGUGCCAGAAGUUCUUGUGAGUUCAGGUGAGAACAUGCCUGAAGCUCGGCUACUCCUUGUUUGAAAGUUUAUCAUUUCGAGUAACUUCAUUUUCCUUCAGGACACUUGGGUUGAAUUCAUUAAGUUUCCUCUGAAGCACCCUGAUGGUGCCAUUCUUACUUACAGAGAGCUAAGUGGAGAUGGUUCUAGAACAGCCCAAGUUUACUCCAGGGACUGGCUCAGGCGGUGAAUCUCUGAGAUAUGCUAUAGAUGAGGAUAAGGAUGGUAGAAUAAGUUUUGUUACAGCUCUAUUUCUCCCUUCCCCUUACUCUCUACCACUUCCUUUAGGUGGGGAAAGCAUUCAAAGUAAUACAUAGGUUUGUUACCAUCAUGUGUCCAUAUAGAUGAAACUAAAUUGUGGCUUAAGUCAGAAAAACUGGCCAAAUGUAAGGUCCCAUUUGAGGGGGAAAUGGCAUACACAAUAUUAAAGUAUGUUGGAUAUAUAUGUUCACACAGGGAUUUGGUUUACUGCUUUGUAAAUAAAAGGAAAAACUGUGGGUUUAUGUAUAGAUUUUUUUUUUUCAUUAUGGACAUCUUCUUUGCCUUUCCUGAGCUUUGGGGGAGGCAGAGAGAAGUGUUCUUUUCUCUUUGUGGGGAUCUACCAUCGGAAACAUCAUCCUACAGUCCCAGAAGGAAUUAAGUCCCUGACGGCUCUCUGAUCCAAGGUGUUGUCUUUUCUUAAUUUAACUCUGCUGUUCUGCCACUUUACUCCCACUGGACAACCAGGGACAAGAUGUGACAAUGAAGUGUUUGGCUUAAGUAGAAGCAGAGGACUUAUAUCUAACCUUUAACAUACCUGAAAGUUGAUACAUUUAAGCAAAUUCCUCCUUGCUACUCUUUGGCUGCCCCACACUCAGUGAAGCUUGGGUGUCUCACCAGCUUUAUACCCUUUGAAUUUCCAGGCAGACAUUCUGCAUUUCUCUGCAUUUCUAUCACUCUGUUCCUAGGACCUUUUUCUACAUCACUCAUGGUCUUCUAACUUCUAAGAAAAGAACUGUGUUCUGGAGCCUGGGCACUAUGCUUUGCAUAAACAAGCAAUUUCCUCAUGAUAGGCAUGUGUUGAUAGUCCUGAAACAUUGAGAGGGUACAUUGACUUAGAAUGACCAAUACUGAACAGAAUUUUAAAUACAGGUGACAUACUCCUAUGGAGUUUAAUCACUUACUACUGUUUUUUCAGGAGUCGAAAAUAAAAUUAUUUUUGACUGGAGGAAAAUGAUGAAAGUGAAAAACAUUGUAAUUUACAUAAAACCACUUUAUCAUAAAAGAAUGUUUUUCUGUAACUGCCUCCAAAGAAACAAUUUCCUGGGGAAGUAAGUAACUAACUCAUAGCUUCUAAGCUUUCAGUCAGAUCCUGGCCCUUGCAGAAAAAAAUAAUGAAUGGGGAUCAGGAUGAUUCAACCUGAGAUCUCAAAAUGAUAAUGACAUCCAUUCUUGGAGACAUCCAUGUUUCCUUAACACGCUACAACUGCAGUUUGAAAGAAGCAGCUAUGUAGCAACCUACAAAAACCAAAUUGGGUGAUGCUCACAUGUUGGAUGGCAAUAAAAAGAUGAAAUCUGAGGAGCCUGGUCCAUCCUUCCCCUAUUCUUGGAGGCAUUUUGAGGCGUAGUUGCAUUUCUCUUGCCUUUUUGCCCCUGUGCCAUCAUAUGUCUACAGCCAAUAAUGAGCUGUAGAGUUAUUGGACUACAAAGCUGGAAGGGAGCUUGGAGAUGCCAGGAGGACAGAAGAUUUAACAGACGUUUCUUUCUUAAUUUAAGUGAAACUGGUCCCGGUCCUUUUCCUCCCUUUCCUUCUCCAGGAGACUACUGUGGGCUGCCUGAACACUGUACUGGACCUGCUACCUAUUUUAUGGUCUCUUUCCAGUGGAAUUACGAAGCCACUGGCAGAAAUGGCCUUCCAGAAACAGGGAAAACUAAAAUUUUAUUUAUUUACUCGUGAUAGCAUGCAUAUUUAUAAAACAGAUUGAGGUAACCUAUAACCUCAGAAUGGGAUUGGAAUUAAAUUUGCGGCAGUAAGUACAAUCACUCUCCAAUUCUCUCUCUGUGAUUGCAAUAUAUUCAUUCACUGAAACCAUUUGCUAAGUACCAGCUAAGUGCCAGGCACUGCAAAUGUGCAAGUCAAGCAAAGGUUUUCUGUCCUCUAGGAGCUCGCAAGAGCAGUAGAGGAAGACAUGGGAAAAAAAGAGGAAUAAAUUCUUUUCAGAGUACUGUUAGGGCACAAAGGAGAGAGAGUUCAUUUCUACCAAAGGAAGUGAGGAAUGGAGUCAAGAAAGGCAUUAUAGGAAAAGUGACCUUAAGCUAAGUCCUAAAUACUAAGUAGGGGUGUCCAGGCUGCUUCAGGUAGAAGAGACACUGGGCUAAGACAUGCGGCAUCUAAUUCAUUCUAAUGAGCAAAAGGCUUAAAGGGGACUUAGCAAAAGAAUGAGACUGGAUGGAAAGACAGGUUCAAUGUAAGCACUUUAUAGAAUACUAUUUCAUUUCUGAUUCAAUUAAGCAAACAUUUCUUGGUCAUUUAUGUGUACAUGGCACCAAGUGUAUCACGGAAAAUUCCUCCAGAUGUGUUUGCAGACACAACAGUCUUCAGCCUCAAGCUUUCAGUGACCAAAGGGAAAUGUGACUGCUUUUCCUGUAUUUGAGUCAAAGUCUUAUGAUAUGGUCAAUGAAAACUAAUGUAAGAGCAGUGGGAUUUUCACAGAACCCUUCCCUGUUGUCAAAAGCCUCUGAGAUUUUCUCAACAAUGAGAAAGAAAACUGGGACAUGAAGUCUGCAGAGGGGACUUCCAAGCACUGCCCAGCCAAGCACUGGUGAGAAUGGAGAGAGGGCACAGGAACCAGAGCCCCCCACCCCCUAAUGCCAGCCAUACACGCAUCAUUUCAUGGAAUAUAGAUAAGACGUUUCAGAGUAAAUAACUUCCCUUCUGAUCAAUGCAUGAAGAUAAGAGUAUCAGAGUCCUCACACUGGAUUUUUAGGGUAUUGGGGAUUUUCAGAAUAUGGAGAACUUAGAGGUAGAGGAAUUACAGCUUCAAAUUUUCAGUUAAUAGAAGAAAUUAGGAAGCUCUAUUCAUUCAAACUAUGCACCAUGUGCAUAGUCAAGAAUCAGCAGAAACCCUCUGCAUUUACAAACACUUUGUGCUAUAAAAAGUAAUUUUAAAAAGCCACCUGUAUAUGUGUAUAAAUAUAUAUAUUUAAAGACAUGAAGGUUUUGAUACUUUUUUACAAAGCUACAAGAGAAAACAAAUAUCUGUACAAACUAUGUGUUUUAAAAUAGCAUUUUGUUCUAUACAAACGGAGUGAAAUACUGGUUUGCAAACUCCAUCACAUUGUGCCCAAGUGAAUUUUCCUUGUUUGUCCUCCCCCCACACCCUCAAAUUACUGUAUUUGAUGUAACAGGCAUGUUAGAAUGUUGGGUCUCACUGACCGUUUCUGCUCUUUUUGUCUUGUCAUUCUGAGUUCCUUUAGCUUCUCUACUCCAUGCCCUUUGCUGUUUUCUCUUCCAGAGUCAAAGGGUGGUGUGCUGCAUCUCAUUAGCUGUACUGACAUCAUCUUGGUGAAUUAAAAACCAAAUGUGGACAUUUGUAAAAUCAGUGCACUGUUUCUAGAGAGAGAUUAAAUUCAUUUUUAAAAUCUG